AUGGAGGUACUUUCUCCAAGAGUCACCACAGGAGAAGGUCAAAGUGGGCAGAAAGGGAAAGGGAUCACUCAGGCUGAGAUAGAGCAAGCCCGGGCAAACUUUGUGGAGGGAAAGUUGCAGUUUUCAGCUUUUUUAGAUGAGAUCACAAAACAGGUCAUGAGUCCUUCCCAACUCUCCAUCUUUGGCGUGAACACCAAUAAAACUACUGAGAAGACCCCUUCCCCAGUCCCCAAACCUGAGCCGGUCAAGCCUGAGCUUCCUCCCAAGAAGCACAGAGGUGGGAAACGGAGUGACAUCGAGCUGCCAUUGAAGCAACACAGCAGGCAGGUGAAACCGACCAUCGGCUCUCAAAAACAUUCAGACUGCUCCGAUUCGGACAGGCUGACAACAUACGCAGCAAGGAAGCACCGCGGCAGCCCCCCACCUCGUCAUUACACGCCAUCUGCUAGCCACGGACGGAAAGACAGGAGGCCCUCUCCAACUGGAGACUCCAUCUCAGGGGAUAGAUAUGGCAGAUAUGGGCCUCACCAUACAGACGGAACCAGCACCAGUCCUGAACCAGCCCAACCCAAGCAGCGCCACCACCAUAAAUACUAUCCCACAACUCGCCUCCACACUCAUCCCAGCUUGCAAGACACGGGUUCGGCUCUGAGUCCUCAUCCACAAAGUCCGACUCAUCCAGGGGUCGAGACACUGCCUCCACGGCUACCAGCUACAGCUCAGAGCAGGGAUGCCAACACCAGUCACAGCCCUUGGGGAUCUCUAAGCAGCACAGGAACAUGCUGUGCGAUCCAGGACCACCUUCAGGCGUUGCAGGAGGAGAAUGCUGAUCUCCACCAGAACCUGCUGCAGACCGUGGUUUGCAUUGAGAGCCUGGAGGCAGAGCUGCAGAGGACCAGAGACGAGCUCAGUCAUGUCAAGGAGAAAUAUAAAAGCCUGCUGCAGACACAUAGUGGGACAAAAGAGGCAAAUAAUCUACUGGGAGAGCACCUUCACAAAGCGUCGGAGAGCCUGAGCAGUGAGAGAAAAUUUCUGCUGAAUCGCGUCUCCCAGCUGGGCUCGGAGCUGAACGACGCCCACAGGACCAUCGCAGCUCUGGAGAACAUUAAUGCGCCAGUUUUGGUAAAGGAGCUCCUGGAGAAGUAUUUUGGUUCUGCUGAAGCUAUUCAAAAUUUUCUCACAACCUCUUUUCCGACCAGCCAGCCACAGCAGACAGAUGGCCAAUCCUGCAAUCCCACGGCAGAGGAAGCAGCCCAGGGUUGCCUGAGCGAGUCAGAGGCAGGUCGGCAGAGGGUCACGGCCUUCAUGCCGAUUAAACAGGCUCUGACCCCAGCUAAAAACGAGGGCAGUCUUCCAGGCCAGCAUGAGUCCACUCACAGCUCAUCGUUCUCUCUGGCUGACAUGGGGGCUGCUUCCUAUAAAACCACAGCUCCCAGUUAUCCUGCCAGACCACAGCCUGUUUACCCACAAACCCAGCAGCAGUUACUGCGGAGCGCUGCCCACACCGACACCGCUCCAGACCCUCAGCACGCCCACGCAGCGGGUGACAGAUGGGAAGGAAGAGGAGGGUUGAAGGUGCUGCUCUUUGAGCAGGAUGCAGGGGAUGUGAACUCCAUGUCAGCCCAGCAGAUCCUGGAUGAUUUCAUGCAUCAUCUGCAGGCACACAAGGAGGCCGGGGGAGGGAAGGAGCAGCAGAGUGGGCAGGAGUGGAUGAACGGGGUGGAACAGGCAUGGAAAGUGGGAGACUGAGAUUGCCGUCUGAGGAGUUUAUUUCUGUCCUAAUUAUUUGCCAGCAGUGAUUGUUCUUUAGGUGGCUAAAAAAGUCAGAGGGUGUAGAUUUAUUUAAUUAAUGCAUGAUGUUGUGUUUGUAGUGUUUUAUAUAGCUGAAUAAAGCUACCAUUUUAAGGCUGGAAAUGUAAAAACAGUUCAGAGCAACUUUUGCGAAAAAAAAAGAAGAGAUUUCUAUGUGUCAUCUGGACUGUUGAAUCUAUAAAAGAAGCAGUAGAUAUUAUUUUUAAUAUUCACACAAUGUGUUUUCUAUCAAAGCAUGUUGUAAGUUGUAGUCCCCAAAACAGUGCAGAAUAUACCGUUACAUAUCUGUAACACUGAACAGAAAGUCCUCAUUAACUCUCAAAAUGUAGGACAUUUGUUUAACAACUAAACAAAGAUAGAUUUUGAAUAAUAGGCAUGAUUUCAGAUAAAAAUUGUUCACUGAGUUUCAUUUACUCAGGCUUCAAAUGAACCUUAAUAUGAAUUAGCACAAGCAAAGACAAAAACAAACAAAAAAUUUAUACACCUGGAGUUACAACGAUAAGAAAAAAACACAACUGGAAAGUUUAAACAGAAGGUCUUUCUGUUAAUUUUAUGUAAUUUGUGCAAUGUUAAGUUUUUCUACUAACAUGAGUAAAAUACAAGUUUAAAGAGAAAUUCUAAGAAAAUCUCAAACAUGUUGAAAAAAUAUUUGGCCACACUUGAAAUGACAUCAUGUUUAAAUAUAAACUCUUUAAUAUGCCUUUGGUUCCCAUUUUGCAGCUGUAAGAACUUCUCCUCGUCUUGGAGAGGCUUUCAUAAAGCAUUUCUGUGUUGAUUGUGUGCGAAAUUGUUCUGUAGAGCAUUUAUGAGGUCAGGCACUGAUGCUGGAUGCAAAGGUCUGGCUGGCAUUGGAAUCUCUAUUCCAUACCUGUUAACAUACAACAGUUAGCUUAAUCCAGUCAAGCUAACUGGAUUAAAGUCUGGAUUAUGUCAAUGAGAUGUCAUAAAACGUCUUUACUUGACUAUAAUGAAUUAAAAACGUUUAACUAACUCUCCAAAUAAAAGUGGAGGCCAUAUACUUUUGUUAAUGUUGUCUAUCUCAUCAUAUGUAAUGCUUUUAAAAUGCUUUCCUGUGUUAGCCAGCACUUUAAUAUGAGUUAACUGUGUGAGUAAAGAGUAAGAGUAUGAAUGCAUAGAUGUACAUACUUCACAGAAUGUAUAAUUAUUUAUUACAAUGGUCCUUCCAUGUUAAAAUAAUAGAGGCUCUUUGCUGUUUUUGUGUCUUUGAUGUACAGUAAAAUAUGAAUGUAAGUAAUAUGAAUAGAUUUUCAAGCUGUAGAUUAAAUAUAGAGCAAAAUUAAAAUUAUUUUAGUCUGUAUAAUUUCAGAGUUUCACUGUUAAAUGUGCACAGUUUGUUAAAUUUGUGUGUCUAUCUUACUGCUACCAAUAAAGAUGCUUGCAAAUGGCUUGGAA